CAACGUUGCGGCUAGGGCAUAUUCUGGAUGAAAACCAGUCUGGUACGGACUCUCUCGUCUUCUCUUUCCUUUCACCGGACGUCGACCAUCCAACGGCCGUGUCCGCACCAUACGCAUUGCAGUAACGGCGACGAAUUCAUCUGUUUUUAAUCUACAUCCAUGAUUUAUACAUAAAUCUUCUAUUCUCAGUUCUCACUUAUUUUAAUUCAGCAUUCCAAUCUCCGUGAUUCUUUAUUUCGCGAUUCAUCAUGAAUUUCUUCAAAUCAGUUUUCUCCGACGAACCAGAUCCUCCUCCAUCCGAAUCCACAUCUCAGAUCCCCAAUAAUGCACUGCAAAACGAAGGGCGAGAUGGCCCUCAUCGCGAUUCCUCGCCAAUUGAACAUGGAUCGGUGAUCAGCUCAAGCACUAAUGAUUCUGAUGCUGCCGGGUGGAACUUUGGGGGUCUGAUUAGAACCUUGACCGUUAAAUCUGAAUCAAUCAUCGAGACUUAUCGUCGUGACCUGCAGGAAUUUGGAACGGGGUUGAAAAAGGAGAUUGAGGUUGCUCAGGAUUCUCUGGAAACGGUCGGUCAUGCCUUUGAUGAGUUUGGUAACUCUUUAGUGAAAAACACGGCUCAGAUCAUCUCUCAAGGUAAGGAUGCAAUCGCACUUGAAUCUGAUUCAGAUAAUAACAACGUCAAUAAUCAGAAAUUCAGUGGCGAUAAGAGCGUAAAUUUGAAAGCCUAUAGUAGAUUUGAUGCUCAGGUCCAUGGUAUUCAGGGCGAUGCUAGUACUUAUUGUGAGGAGCCCGAUGAUUUAAAUGACUAUAGUAAGUGGAAAUCGGAGUUUUCGUUGGAGGGAAAACAAGAAGAAUUUGAGAAUUAUCUCAGAGAAAAUGGUGAAAUGGAGAGUAUCUACAGAAGGGUUGUCCCAAAUAGCGUUGAUCAUAAAACUUUCUGGUAUAGGUAUUAUUAUAAAGUUUCUAGGCUUAAGAAAGCCGAGGAAUUGAGGGCUAGGCUUGUAGGGAGAGCGUCAUUUGAAGAUGAGGAUUUGAGCUGGGAUUUCGAAGAUGAUGAUGGUGACAAGGGGUUUGAAGUUCAAGCUAAGCCGGACCUCAACAAGAAAAACGUAGGUGGUGAAGUUUUGGAAAAAAGUGUGGAUACAGAGCUGCAAGUUGGAAGCUCUUCUACUAGCAAGGUGGGAACAAAUAUUUCUAAUGUGGAACAGGAGCAUCGUUUGGGGGAGGAAUCUACAAUAGAAAGGAGAGACGACUCAUUGCAUGAUAAGCAGAUUGGGAACAAGGGGGAUAAGUAUGUUGAGGAAUCUAAAGCUGAGAAAGUAGAAGUUGUUCAUCAAGCGGAUGAUGGAAGCAAUAUUAAUAUUAAGGAAGCAGGUGGUGAAUCAAUAUCUGAAGGGAAGGCUGUGGUCAACAAGAAUUACUCGGCAACAGAGUCUGACUCAAAAUUGGUGGCAGAAAGAAAGGCUGAUGAUGGCAAAUCUUCCAUUAAAGAUAAUGAUUCUUCACUAGUUUCAAGCCAGCACUCGGCACCGGAGGAGGAAGACCUUGGGUGGGAUGAGAUUGAGGAUCUUAGUUCUAUCGAAGAAAAGAAAACGACUCAGAGUGGUAGCCCAAACAAAGUUGAUUUGCGGAAGCGCCUGAGUGCUGCAGAAGAUGAUGAAGACUUGAGUUGGGACAUUGAAGAUGAUGAUGAUGAGAAGCCCGCCAAGGCUUGAUAUAUUUGAUGCAUUUGCCUUUUGACUUCUUCGAAAGAUAUAUAUGCUAGUUUGCCUUUGUUAGGGAAAUUUGCCAUUUCUUUUGUUUAUGUUUGUAAAAAUUAAUACUGUAGUAAUGUUGUCUUUUUUCUAUGAAUGUAUUAAAAGCAACUGUUUCUCUGA